UUCUUCAUUUCUGUUCUUUUACUCCCUCUGCUUUCCAUCUUAGUUGCUUCUGCUGCUACGACGGCGACGGCGUCAAUUUCGACUUGGAUGAAAUCAGAACUGUCAUCUGAUGCUCAUGCCCUCCUGGCCUUCAAAUCCAUGGCUGAUUUGGAUAACAACCUUCCCUUCUUCCUCUCUAAGCGCAUCAUCAAUCACUGCCAAUGGCCUGGCGUUAAGUGCGCUCAAGGUAGAGUGGUCCGUCUCAUCCUUGAUGGUUUUGGUCUUACUGGUUCUUUUGCCCCCAACACCUUGACUCGUCUCGAUCAGCUCAGAGUGCUCAGCCUUGAGAAUAACUCCCUCUCCGGUCCCGUACCUGAUCUCUCCGACCUAGCCAGCCUCAUGACCCUCUACCUUGAUCAUAACUCCUUCUCUGGUUCCUUCCCUCCUUCCCUCCUCUCUCUCCACCGUCUCCGAACCCUCGAUCUCUCCUCCAAUAACUUCAUCGGUGCUCUUCCCCCUGGCUUGACUGCUCUCGACCGGCUCUACUUUCUCCGGCUUGAUGGCAACCAGUUCAACGGAUCUAUCCCUCCACUCAAUCAAUCUUCUCUUCAAAUCUUCAAUGUCUCUUCCAACAAUCUCACCGGUGCCGUCCCCGUCACCGUCACACUCUUGCGCUUCUACAGCUCCUUGUUUUCGGGUAACCCAGGGCUCUGCGGCGAGAUCGUGCGCAAGGAAUGCCAUCCGUUUCUGCCCUUUUUCCGGCCAACAAUGCGGGCACCGCCACCCACGGCUCUUGGGCAGAACGAAGAAGUGCAAGGGCUAGUUUUGCCACCGCCGUCCCGAGAGGAGCACAAGCGAGCGACUAUGAUCGUGGGGUUCUCUGUUGGGGUUUUAGUUCUGAUUGGGUCUUUGAUUUGUUUCUUGGUGGCGGUAAGGAAGCGAACUAAGCAGAAAGUGUCGACACCGAGGAUGGCAUUGGACGCCGCUGCUACGGCCGACGCAGCUGCGGUAAUCAGGUUAGAAAAAGAGAAUGAGUUGGAGACAAAGAUAAAGAAAAUGCAAGUAGAGAAGAGCGGGAGCUUAAUGUUCUGUGCAGGGGAGCCGCAUUCCUACUCUUUGGAGCAGCUGAUGACGGCUUCGGCGGAGAUGCUUGGGAGGGGAACUAUCGGAACAACUUACAAGGCCAUGCUCGAUAACCAUAUGAUUGUGUGCGUUAAGCGAUUGGACGCUGGGAAGACUGCGAUUACGAGCAGGGAAACGUUCGAGCGGCACAUGGAAUCGGUCGGUGGUCUCCGCCACCCCAACUUGGUCUCUCUCAGAGCAUAUUUCCAGACCAAGGAAGAGAGACUUCUCAUCUAUGAUUACCAGCCUAAUGGCAGCGUCUUCUCCCUCAUCCACGGUUCAAGAUCAACGAGAGCGAAACCGCUGCACUGGACUUCGUGUUUGAAGAUAGCGGAGGAUGUCGCGCAGGGGCUGGCGUACAUACACCAGGCGUCUAGGCUUGUCCAUGGCAACCUCAAAUCCUCCAACGUUCUCCUCGGUCCCGACUUCGAGGCCUGCCUUACCGAUUACUGCCUCGCCGUGCUUGCAGACACUCCAGUCAGUGACGACGAUAUCCUCAACUCUCCCGGAUACCAGGCUCCCGAGACCCGUAAAUCCACCCGCCGGGCCACCCCAAAAUCGGAUGUCUAUGCCUUUGGCGUUCUCUUGCUGGAACUUCUAACUGGGAAACCUCCGUCACAACACCCAUUCUUGAUGCCGACGGAGCUUCAUAUAUGGGUGAAAACGACGAGGGACGAUGACUGUGGGGAAGAGAACCGCCUGGCUAUGUUGACUGAGGUCGCUGCGAUGUGUAGUCAGACAUCGCCGGAGCAGAGGCCGACGAUGUGGCAAGUGUUGAAGAUGAUUCAGGAAAUAAAGGAGACUGUGAUGAUGGAGGACAACAACCAACUGGGCUUUCCUUGAUUAAUUUGAUUUCCUUUACUUAUUGUGUUACAAUUUA